AUGUCAUUCAACCUGGUAUUGAACCAUGUGAUGCCCAGGUUGAUAAUAUGUAUAUUUGUUUCAGUUUUGCACCGUUGCAUUCCAACAGUGUUUGGUAGUACAGCGAAAGAUAUCUUGGAUUCUGAUAAAAAAGCAUUAAAAAAUAGCAAAGAGCUCAAUGUAACAACAACAGAGCUGGAGGAAGGAUCAGAGGUUGUUCAAGCCUUGAUUGACUUGCAAAAUGCUGGUUUGAAGGUUCUUGAAGAUGUCAGCAAUUCAUGGUGGCUGAUAUUAGCUGGUUUCGGUAUUGCAAUGGUCGCCUCCUUUCUGUACAUUGUCACUAUGAGGUGAGUUAACGUUGUGAAGGAGCCAUGUAUGAGCAGCUACCACUCGCUCAGGACAUGGCUGCAUCGUACAUGGCUCCUUCAGGUAGAAUCCUGGAUAAUACUUUCUUCGGGCAAAAAUAUAACUGGCAUUUUUGAAACAUAGUAGAGGUUCCAGGUUCCAGUCAACGUUCCAGUCCUGGCCACGUUUUUCCGAGCACAGGAAAUUAUUCGCGCAGUAAUAAUAAUUUUGGCAAAAGAACUUCCUUGGGUCUGCCCUGGGAGGGGUGCCCGCCAGCGAUAACGUAAUGCUUGCUUUCAUCAACGUAUUUUCUGAAAUAUUUUGCCUUGCUUCCCCACAAGAUCCAUACGGAGGGUUGGGCCACUUUGUUAAUGUU